AUGAAUUCCCUUUUCAGUGCCUUCGACUUCUUGUUUGCGGAGAUUCUGGGUCAAGCCCUGAGGGAAUCCUUCUUCCCUUCUGUACCCAGGGGCCGUACUACUGCUGGCGUGAAGUCGCAGCAUGAUGAUGGGGUUGUCAAGAAAGCUACAGACAACGCGAGCAAGAAGCAACAGCCAAAGCAAGAAGAUAUGGCAGACAACACUCAGGACAUGAGCUACCAGGCUGGGGAGGCCAAGGGCCAAACCAAGGAGAAGGCCAGCGGCAUGAUGGACAAGGCUGGCAAUGUUACUCAAUCUGCCAAGGAAUCAUCCCAACAGGCUGGUCAGCAGGUGAAGGACAAGGCACAAGGAGCUGCUGAAUCUGUCAAGAAUGCCGUUGGAAUGAACAAAUGA